AUGGCGAAACGGAAGACCUGCUGGGCCAAGAACGCGCCGCAGCUCCUUUGCUUCCUGGGGACCGUCGCAUACUCCUUGGUGUUUUUGGCAUAUCACAGCGAGCUGCUCAGCGAUCCGAAGGGUCCCAAAACUGGCGACAGCGACAGCCUUCCGCAGACAAGCCAGCUGAACCUGCUGGAAGUGGAAUCGAAAGACCUCGACACCGCAGGCGAAGGCGAUGCUGAGGCUCAUGCGCCAACGAAUUCCUUUGACUCUGCGAACACCGCAGAGGAGGACAUGCCGCGAGCCACAAAGGAGGGAAUGUCCGAAGAGGUUGCUUCGGAGGAGAAUUCAGCGAAGAAGGCUCAACUUUUAGAGCCUGCCACGGAGCCGGAAGGUGCAACGUCGAACGACGUCGCUGGGGCAGGGGCGGCAGGGCCAGGGCAAACACUGACCGUUGCCCUUGCCGCGAACAGCAAGCAGCUCGACGGCGUGCUCGUCGUCAUCAAUUCGGCGCUCUCCAAUUCUAAACACCCCUCGAGGUUAAAGUUCUGCAUCCUGACCACUCGGCUGGACACAAAGCCGCUUGUAGAUUCGGUGAAGCGGAGGCUGGCAAAGCUCCAGCCGGACGUAUCUGCAGUGGACUUCGACCCCUGGGCCCCUCGUGUCCGACAGCUCCUGGGUGGUAAGUCCUCUUCGAGGAAGGAGCUUUUCGAUGAGCUGAACUUUGCAGCCUUCUACCUGCACGAGGCUCUUCCUCUGGCAAGAAGAGUGCUCUAUCUGGACACCGAUGUUGUGGUUACUUCGGACCUGACUCAUCUUGUCGGCAUCGAUCUCCAGGGGCAUCCGGCCGCAGCAGCUGAGGAUUGCUCACAAAGACUGGGCAAGUACGUGGACAUGGGCCGCAUGAAGGCGAAGGGUGUUGAAACCAAGAUGCCACUUCCACUGCACGCCUCAAAGAAGACGUGCGUUGUGAAUCGCGGAGUGGUGCUAGUGGACACAGCCCAGUGGGCAGCUAGCAACAUCACAGGUGCCAUCGAAGCGCUUGUACGCCUCCACCUUGCCAAAGGCGUGGGGCCCCUUUGGAGGGCCGGGGUGUCGCAGCCCCCGUUCCUCCUGGCCAUUGCUGGGAGAUACCAUGACCUGGGUGCAGAGUUCAACGUCCGUGGCUUGGGCCGUGGCGACAUUGCACCCGAGGAGGUGGAAUUCUACAAGAAGCGCAAGACAUGGAACAGCUACUUUGACAGUUUCUUGCUCAAGUGCAAGAUCCAUUGCUGUCCAGGCUGUAAAGGAUGGGCGCUUUCACCUUACGUCUCUCCGCUGGCGCACCAGGCCAAGAUCCUACACUUCAACGGCCGCCACAAGCCCUCGAAUCAGGGCUUCCGCGGCUGCGAUCCGGUGAAGCCGCCCCCGAGCCGCGGAUCGCUCGGCGAGGAGGAGCGAGCUGCGCGAGAGCAGCGGCCUCUUUGCAGCUGCGGAUCUGGUUGCCUGCAGGACCCAACCCUGGGACUCAGAGUCAGUGACUUCCUCUGUUGGUGA